CAUGUAAAAAAAGCAGCAGCAGCAGCAGAUACACUACGGAGUUAGAAGUACGGAGUAUUAAACAAGCCCGCCCAAAAACCUUAUCCUCUCAAACACCACAUAUCCCCUUCCCCCACCCAAAAACACCCUCCCCUCAUUCCCCACAUUGAACAACCAAAACCAAUGGCCUCAUCAACCCUUCAUUUCACCACAUCUCCUCCCUCCACCACUCUCACAAAACCCAGAACCCAAACCACCCACCGCCCUCCUCCCCACCUCCGCCUCCGCCCACCGCCGCCGUCCCUCCGGCCGAAACUAACCAUAACCCACUCCUACAAAGUGGUGAUUGAACAAGAGAGUCGAACCACCGAGCUCGAGGUCGAACCGGACGAGACGAUUCUGUCCAAGGCACUGGACUCUGGCCUUGAUGUGCCGCAUGACUGUAAGCUUGGGGUGUGCAUGACUUGUCCGGCCAAGCUGCUGAGUGGGUCCGUUGACCAGAGUGAGGGAAUGCUGAGUGAUGAUGUUGUGGAGAGAGGGUAUGCUUUGUUGUGCGUGUCGUAUCCAAAAUCGGAUUGUAAGGUUAGGAUUAUUCCGGAGGAGGAGCUGUUGUCGUUGCAGUUGGCAACUGCUAAUGACUGAUGAGUGAGUUGGGUGAGGUUUUUUUUGUAAUGUAAUCAUGGUUUUGAAUUUUUGUGAUAAAGAUAGUCCAUAUCUAUGUUUCA